AGAAGCUGCUACCAACCCAAUAUAUUCUAUAUAUUUCCAUGUACUCUGUCGGCUCCAUCUCUCGUCUCCCAGUUUAACACACAUCAAACCUUAACCCUUUCAUUCAUCACCAUCAACCACGCAAACACGCAAACACACAAACACCACCAACCACACAAACACAGUCAACAUGCCUGAACUCAAGGUCGGCGCCGACUUCCCCGAGGGUGUCUUCUUUAGCUACGUCCAGCCCACUCCCGAGAUCGCUGAGUUCUCUACCUGUGGUGCUCCCACCAACUACAACGCCAGCCAGGAGUUCAAGAGCAAGAAGGUCGUCCUCAUCUCUGUCCCCGGUGCUUUCACUCCUACUUGCAGUGCCUCUCACGUUCCUUCUUACGUCGAGAACAUUGAGCAGAUCAAGGCCAAGGGCGUUGACCAGGUCAUCGUCGUUGCUGUCAACGACGCAUUUGUCAUGCACGGUUGGGCCAAGGCUAAUGGCAUCACCGAUGACAAGAUUCUCUUCAUGUCCGACCACAACGCCAAGUUCUCCACCAGCAUCGGCUGGAACCUGGGCGAGCGAACUGGUCGUUUCGCCGUGGUUAUCGACCACGGCAAGAUCACCUAUGCCUCUAGUGAUGAGCCUGGAAGCAUCGAGAAGUCUGGUGCCCUUGGUGUCCUUCCUCACUUGUAAUCCAAUCAACUCGCACAAGAGAUUCUAAAGACAGAAUAUAGACGAGGGUAUGAGACAACGAUAGAAUAGAGACAAACUACAUGAAUACCAUUGAACACAAUCUAAUUGAAGCGAUUCCCGUGACGUCUGGUCUUGCAUCGUAAGGCAUUGUGUCGUUAUCUAACAAGCUAAGUUGCUAGUUUCCAAUAACGCCGUGAGGUAUUUACCGAGCCACCGCACAACUGCACAUCCCUUGUUCGUCACGACAAGAAUCAGAUGCGUUGUCUGUUUGUUUGUUUGACCAUUUUGCAUUGCUCAACUAUCAAUGCACCCUAUUGGCAUUCCAUGCACCCGAGAUUGUAGAAGAACCGGCCGGACAAAGACACAAGAACCACGGACUCCACUCUCCCAUUUUCAUCCUCACUCAAGUUCCAUUCCUAAUUUAACGGGUCUUGGCCUGGACCUUGGGAGCAGAGCCCUUGGCACCCUGCUUGCUGACCUGUCGGACAGCCUGGCCCUUGGAGGCCUGGGCAGCGAGCUUAGCCUUCUCGGACUUCUUGGUAGCAGCCUCGGCCUGCUUCUUCUCCUUGCUCUCCUUGAUGGCCUGGGCGCGGGCAGCGGAGCGGGCCUCGGGUCGGAUGUUGCGCUUCUCCUUGAUCACGUCAAGAGAAGCACCAAC